AUGAAACUUCAAAGAACACUCAUUUUCUCUCUCCUCUACAUCCUCAUCCUUCUUCCACACGCAACAAUUUCCCUUCGAAUUCUCAACCAAUGCGAUCGGAAAACCCUACCCGAUCGAAAAUCACUUCGAACCGAUCAAUUCACGGUCCUCAUAAACGGGUAUUCGGAGCUCCGAAUCUCUCUCCUAAUCAACAUCGCCGGAGUUUACGCCGCUUCUCCGAUCGUCGCCGCCGUCGUCGUAAUUUGGGGGAAUCCAUUAACGUCGGCGAAAACCCUAGAUUCUCUCUCCUCGAAUUUCUCUCUCAUCUACUCCUCUGGUGCACCUGUUACAGUGCACCGUCAGAAAUCCAAGAGUUUAAAUUCGAGGUUUCUUCCUCGCCGUUGGAUCAAGACACGUGGCGUUCUUAUAUGUGAUGAUGAUGUUGAGGUGGACCCCAAGUCUUUUGAGUUUGCGUUUAGAGUUUGGCAGGUGAAUCAGGACCGUUUGAUUGGUUUAUUUGGGAGAUCGCACGGUUUGGAUUUAAGGAGGAAGGAGUGGAUCUACACCGUUGAUCAAGAUAGAUAUUCUAUUGUGUUGACUAAGUUUAUGAUGUUGGAUGUGGAGUAUUUGUAUUUGUAUAGUUGUGGUGGGGGUGAUGAUGAUUAUAGUGAGUUGAGGGGUGUGGUUGAUAAUAUGCAUAAUUGUGAGGACAUUUUGAUGAAUUUUGUGGUUGCCGAUGCGAGCGGGCGGGGCCCGAUCCUUGUUGGGGCGGAGCGGGUUAGAGACUGGGGGGAUGCGAGGAAUGAAGUAAUGAUGGGACGAAGAGAGAAAGAAGUAGAUGUGGGAUUGAGUAGUGUUAAGAGAGGUUUAGGAGAACAUCGAAAGAGGAGAGGAGAGUGUUUAAGGGAGUUUCACAAGAUUUUGGAUAGGAUGCCGUUGAGAUAUAGUUAUGGUAAGGUGGUUAACUCGAUUAGCGAACAAGGGUUAUGUGAAAAGAGGGGGAAAUUAGUUCCUUGUGAUAAACAAAUCUUUUAGCUAAAGUUGGAAUAUCAAUGUAUCACUCUUUUAGUAACGAAAUAGGUAGUUUGUUGAGUUUUGUGUAUAUUUUUAUUAUAAUCUUCGUAACUUCAUAUUGUAUCCAAUAUUCAUAUAGAGAAUAUGUCAUUAUUGAUAUAAUGGUAAUUAUUUUUUAGAAAAA